GGCAGAGGCAUUGUGCAAUCCCAACCAACCAUCGAAUCAACCAACCCAUCAAGCCACCCAUCAAACCACCCACCAUGGAAGAGGAACAACCUCUCGAAGCCAACAAGGGGAGAGAUAACGACGGCGACGACGGAACGGCAUCGGGCAGCGCAUCGGAGGAGUCCGCCUCUUCGGGUCAAGCUUGCUCCGGCCUCCUCCACCCGGUCACCCCGGAACGCCACUCGAAACGUUCCACGGAACGGCCCGCGAGCCCAGAAACACCGGAACUCGUGGAGGGUGUUUUUUUCACCAGCCCGGGGACCCCGGAACUCGUGGAGGGCGUCUUUUUCGCCGAAGAAAAUCUCCCCGGCCCGAUCCCUCCGAGACUCGUCGUGGAAGUUGCCGCGGAUCCUGCUUCCUGUUGUGGUACCAUCUGUAGUGGCAAAAACAUCGUCCCUUUGCUGCCCCGAAACGCCCCCGAGAAGGGAAAGGCCCGGCGUUCGGCGUUCCGGUUCGGUGCGUGGAUCGUGCUCGCCUCGCUGGUUGGGUUUUGGUCCGGAAGGUCCGCGUCGUCCUUCGUCAAAAGGCAGUCUCUCUGGAUGGGCACGCCCCUUCUGCCAGAAGAAUCCUCGAUGGAUGCAAUGCGAAUGCGCCGACAAGAGGAACACUUUGCCCGCUCCCCUGCGACCCUUCGCGAACGGCGGGCACGGGCGGCUUGGGAGACCACCCGRCAACGACCGGAGGAGCGGGAGCGGAGGAAGCGCUUUGCGGAGUUUGUCGUCCACCCGGUCCUCCUGACGACCCRUCCGGUGCCGCGGUCGAUCGCUUUGGCGGUGGACAGCGGUCCAAGCGCGGAAAGGGAUGCGGGCAACGAGAUGGCCAGGGACCUGCUCUCCGAGAUACUCGUMUACGAUGCCAUCGAACGGGCCACGGUGGUCUUUGUGGCGGGCAGCGAUGCAAGACGAACCCACGGUGGCUCGCAGGGAUCGUGCCCGGAACUCCUCGCGGGCCUUCUCGGGGCUUCCGGGAGACAAGACUCUCUGGACCUGGACUGUUUGUACGUCGAUCCGUGCGAAACGAACCCAUGGGAGCACCUGCGAACGAGCGGUGCACCAGCGCACCACGACGUGUCCAUCGUGCUGGCGGGCCGUUGGGACGASCYSGCGUCCGGCGAUCGGACCUGCGGGYACCACACACGGUGGGAGGAAGACCUCUACGCGGCCACCGAUGGCGUGGCCGUCAAGCGGGUGGGAAAGACCUACCCGCUGGACCACCCCUCCCGGAAGCCGCGAGGGGGCAGCGGCAAGGGGGGCACCACCAACAUCGACCGCAUCGAGCACUUUUUCGUCGAUCCCGAAMYGGAGAACCACUGGUCGAGCCCGUUUGCCCACGUCACGGACUACGACGUCUUCGAGGCCAUGGGGAUCGCMACGAACCUCGCCGUCGCCUUUCGGUCCCACCGCCACGGAUACCCGAACUGGAGGUCGACCGAGGCGGGCUACAAGCUCGCCAUGAAGCAGCGGUGGAGGGGCGGMCGCUUCCMGGACGGGGAAGAACACGGCGUCCGGUACUUUGAUUCUGCGGAGAUGGUCCGCAUCCAGCGGCCCUCCAAGCACAGCGCCGUAUCGUCCUGCGAGCACUACGAGGACCUUAUCCCGGAGGGAGACCUCUUCCAGGAAGACGAGGAGUUCUACUGCUUGGAUGGCUUCGAUCCGCACUACCCGAACGUCCCCUCUCGGAACUUUUACGUCGGGCAGAGCACCGUUGGCGCGAACGCGGGCCGGGGGGUCUUUGCGGCCGUCGACCUGGUCACCGAGUCGUACAUCAUGCUCGAGAACGCCAUCCACCUGGUUUCCUUCUCGCCGGGGGGUUCGGGAAUGGUCGAACAAAUGCUGCACCGGUUCUGCCUGCCGGACCGAACGGAAAGASCCGGCCGAAAAAGGGYGGAACUGGACUCCUUCCACUGCAUCGUUCAGAUCUACGCCGAUGCCUAUGGCUACCGCAACUCGUGGUCGGGSAUYGAGAUCAACUCCGGGAUUGGCACCUUUAUCAACCACGGAUGCAACGGAACGUCCAACAUUGGUUUCGACUACGAGCUGACGGAGUUCGACAUUGUYCCCGACGGCCACGAUCCGRAUCCGGAGGCCUUUGACAUUCCGCUGGAAUUCAAGAACGGWAAGUCCUACAACCCGAACUACGACCGGCACGAAGGCCUCGAGCACAUCGAUGCCACGGAGCGUCCCAUCGAGGCCCACGAGGAACUCCUCGACAACUACAUCGCCAUGGGGGGAGCAACCUACUUUCUGGCCCAGGCGGUGGCGCUCAAGCGCCAGUGCUCCGGCACGAAAGGGACCGUCCGGACCUACGAGAGGGGCACAAGCACGCACCGGUACGACGUGAUGGGGAGCCGCUACGCCACGGACCCGGACAAGGGCAGGGGAUAAGGUGCGUGCCAUGGAUCGCGUGCGCAUCGCCUUUUGAGCGAACCGUGCCGCCACCGGUCCGGUGCGAUCURCAUCGGUGCGUCUCGGCGGGGGGGAAUGCCAUCCGCCGCGCCGCGAGACCCUUCCCCGCUGCUAGGUUCUUGCUUGCAAUCCAUGGAGAACCCGACCCAACCCAACCAAGAAAUACGAGUCGGUUUC